AAAAGACUUGGAAUUACUAGAACAGUGCCUGGAACUAGCAGCUCCCCCAUAAAACCCUGCAAAGCAUCAAAACUGAACUGAAUGCUUAAACCCUUUAAAGUUUGAAGGCUUUGACCACGAUGUCUGCUUCAGCCAUUACAUCGAGAUUGUCAUCUCGUUCUCCAUCUCUGCUUCUCAAACUCCAAAAAAAUGCAUUAUCGUCAGCUGUUUCUCCGCUCAAAUCUGGUUGUCAAUCUCAGGUUUCUCAGUCCGUUAGGCGCCCUCAUGGGAUUUCAAGAUUACCAUUGGAGUUGAGCAGUCUGGUGGGAUCGAUGAUGCCUUUACACAGCGCAAUCGCUUCAGCUCGCUUGAUCUCUAUCCUGUCAGUGGAUUCUCAGAGUUGGGGAUUGAUUCCUCAGGGCAUCUCAAUGCCUUUAUGACAACAUAUCCUUCUUGAUGAACUAUAUCACCUAACAGAUUUUCUGUUGGGUAAGGUUGUUGGUUUGGUUUUUACUUUUUUCUUUUUUCUCCAUGCGACCAUCUGAACUUGCAAAAUGAAUUCUUCAAGGGACUCUUGGUCUCCUAUGUGAACAACUGCUUUGUUAUUUACAUGGAUUACUACUUUGUUUCCUAACAAGCAUUGUCUCAGAAAACCUUCUAUUGCUCAACAAGAAACCAGACUGUUCAAAUAGAAACGUUGUUUGUUCACCUCUUGGUCCAUGAUUGACAGAUUGUGAGAUGUUCUAAUUAGGUGUAAAUGUAUGACUGUUGAAUCUUUUGUCUAAAAUU